GUUGUUGACUCUCGGAGAGAAUUAACGGGGCCGUUUGAAUAGGGUUUAAAUUCAUUUGCCUAAACCCUCGCCCUUGCUCUUUUCCAGAUUUUGGUCAUCUGAGUGUUGAACGACAAACACAGGAAAUGGCUUGGCGUUGCACUUCUUCUCUAACAAGAUCAUUGAUCUUCCCCGCUAGAUCAUCGUUAAUCAGACCAUCAUCUCUCCCUCGCCUCCGCCGUUCGUCACCACUUCACACCGACCGCCUCCAGUCUAGCCGCUCCCUCCUCAGGACAAUUGGAACCUUAGGGGGCUCCCAGUCUCUAAUGCCGCUUCACAGCGUAGUCGGAGCCACUCGCGUCACUUCUCACAUCACCGUCGACGCCCGCGCUUGUUGCGAGUUGUCCCAGGGAACUUAAUAAACUGUUGAAUCAGCUUACAGUUGCUACAUUAUAUGGGUUUUGAAGUACAGCAGGUGGGACUGUGUUUUGAAGUAAAAGACAUAUAACCAGAAAUUCAGAGCUGGAUUUCUGUUGGUGGUUGAGAUAUGAAUCUUAUCUUUUCAAAUAAUUAGUGGUAAUUUUUCAGUUUGUUAUCAAAUUAUUUAGCUGUAAUUGGGCAUUUUUAUCCUUGAUCUCAAGAAUGUUUCACUUCCAUGUGGAAUUUAAUGGAACACAAUAUAGUUAAUUGAUAAAGGUAGCUUCCAAGUCUUUCAAUGUGGUGACUAACAAUGAAUGGAUUGAUACAGAGCCAAUUGAAUGUAAAUUCCACUCUAGCAUGAAUGAAAGGAAAUGAUGCUUAGUAUUUUGUGAGACGUUGG